AUAACAGAUUUUGCUUGUUGGAGACUGGGUUAGAUUUCUUUCUUUCCCCUGGCUUCUGGGUUGUCGAAAGAGUUCGUUUGAAUGAUUGUUUGACAGUCAGUUGGAAGGCAGAGCUCAGAAGACUUUGCAACAAGUUGACCAUGAUCCGUGCUCUGUUGGAAGAUGCAGACAGAAAGCAAGUUGGGGACUCAGCUGUGAAGCUUUGGCUUGAGAACCUCAGAGACGUGGCUCGUGAGGCCGAGGAUGUUUUGGACGAGGUUGUUUAUGAAAGACUGAAACAGGAGGUACAAAUUCAAAAUCAAAUGAAGAAGGAGGUCUGCCUCUUCUUUACUUUCUCCAAUCCUUUCAUAUUUCGUCUCACGAUGGCUAAUAAGAUCAAGAAUCUUAUUGCUUCUAUAGUUGAGAUUAAUGAGGAGGCUACUCAAUUUGGACUUCAGUCCAGACAUGCUACCUAUGAACCUAGAAGCAACCCUCAAACAGCAUACUCCUCCCCUGGUUAUUGUCCUAGAGUCAUAGGCAGAGAGGGUGAUGUGUCAAAAAUAGUUGACUUGUUGAUUGAUCCAAGUAAUAAAGAGUCCCUUUCUGUCAUAUCUGUAGUGGGUAUGGGGGGUGUGGGAAAAACUACCCUAGUAAAAUCAGUGCAAAAUCAUGAGAAAAUAGUGAGGAAUUUUGGUAAAACAAUGUUCAUUUGUGUGUCUGAAGACUUUGAUGUCAAAAAAAUCCUAAAAGAGAUGUUAGAAUCUCUCACCAAAGAGGGUUGUUCAAUUGAAAAUGAGGCUACCAUAGUGGGAAAAAUACAAGAUAUGUUGAAGAAUGAAAACUAUCUACUUAUCUUAGAUGAUGUGUGGAAUGAGGAUCCAUUGAAGUGGGAAGCCCUAAGGGGACUAGAUGAUGAACAGUGUUGGUCUAUAAUAGAGCAGAGAGCAUUUGGAGGUUCUUCAGUGCCUAAUCUGGAGUUGGAAGCAAUUGGAAGGCAAAUCGCUAAAAAAUGUAAAGGUGUGCCUUUGGUUGCCAAUGUCAUUGGGGCUAGUUUGAGUGAUCGAAGGGAUAGAGGUGAAUGGGUGUCAGUUAACAAUAGUUUUGAUGCAAGGAGUUCACUGGAAGAUGAUAGUCGGGCAUGGACUAUUCGAGUUUUACAGUUGAGUUUUGAUCGCUUACCUAACACAACAUUGAAGCAAUGUUUUGCCUUUUGUUCCAUUUUCCCCAAGGAUUGGGAAAUUGAAAAGGAGAUGUUAAUUCAACUUUGGAUGGCUGAAGGCUUUCUUCAACCAUCACAGGGAAGUUCUAUGGAGGAUAUUGGUAACAAGUAUUUUAAUGACUUGUUAUCAUAUUCUUUGUUUUUAGAGGAAAAAAGAGAUUCAACUAGAAAGAUUAAGUCAUGCAAAAUGCAUGAUUUAAUUCAUGAUCUUGCCACUUACAAUUCAAAAUCUGAAACACUUAUUUUGAAAGCUGGUUCAGAGAGCAACAUUGCACAUGUUCGGCAUUUGAAUCUUGUUGAUGCUAAGGAAAUAGUGCCUACAAAUUUAGUAGAGGUGGCUAGAAAACUACACUCCUUAUUUCUCAAAGGUGAUAUUUUGUACAAGAUGCCAAAUAGCUUCAAAAGGUUACGCAUUCUUAGCUUUGAGCAAGGUAGCUUUCGGGGAGCUAAUAUUGAGCAAUUGCCAACUUGGAUUGGCAAGAUGAAGCAUUUGAGGUAUCUAGACAUUUCAAAAGCUGACAUUAAAGAACUACCCCAGUUUGUUAUGGAGUUGUAUAGUUUGGAGACACUGAGGUUCAUGUAUUGUUCUCAGAUUGUAAAACAGCCAAAAGGGGUGGAAAACUUAGUUAGCUUGAGACACAUUUAUUUUAAUUGUUACAAUUGUAUGCCACUCAGAAUUGGUAGGCUGAAGGAUCUUCAAACGUUACAGUUAUUUGUUGUCGGUCUACAAAAGGGAAGUCGAAUUGAGGAGCUGGGAUGCUUGAGCCAACUUAGAGGUAAAUUAACAAUAUGUCACCUAGAGCAUGUUGAAAACUACUCAAAAGCAGAGAAAGCAAAACUUUCGGAAAAGAUUGAACUUUAUGAGUUGAGUCUGGAAUGGGCAGAAAGAAAUACAGAAGAAUGUAAUCAUGAUGAAGAUGUGUUAGCGGGCCUCAAACCUCCUCCAAAUUUGAGAAACUUAACCAUAGAAUGUUAUAGAGGUGAAAAAUGUCCAUCAUGGAUGGAGCCUAGUUUGAGUGAAUCAUUUUCGCUCAACAAUUUGGUGGACUUGAAUAUCUUAGGGUGUAAAAAGUUGAAAAGCAUUCCAAACAUGAGCGGGUUAUCGUCUCUUCAACAGCUUCAAAUUCGAAAUUGCCUUGAACUAACCAGAAUCGGAGAUGGAGUAUUUGCCUUUCCGGCGUCCCUCAGACAACUAGAUAUUUGGUCAUGUUAUAGAUUGGAAACAAUUGGGGACAGUAUUUCGACCCUCACAUGCCUAGAAGAGUUAUAUCUAUAUGGAUGUGAAGAUCUGAGGCACAUUCCAAGUGUAAAUGGGCUUUCCUCUCUAAAACGAUUAUGGAUUAGCCGAUGCAAUUUAGUGGUGAGUCUACCAAGUGGACUGUCCUCCUGCACUGCACUUAAAGAAUUGCGCAUAGUUGGCUGCCGUAAUCUGAUCUCCAUGUCAAAAGACUUGAAGGAUUUGCAUUCUCUGGUUGAGUUAGGUAUUAUCAACUGUGAAAAUUUGAGGAGUAUUCCGGAGGAGAGCUUCAGCUGUCUUGUCUGCUUGGAGAGAUUGGAAAUUGGUGGUUUCUCAAAAGAGUUGGAGGAAUUCCCAUGUCUCAAUUCCAUCCGCCACCUCCAUGCCUCCCUUCAAGUAUUAGGGUUGGGGGGGUGGGAAAAACUAACAUAUCUACCACCUCAAAUUCAACACCUCACUUCUCUAAGGGAAUUGAGAAUAUAUGAUUUCAAUCAAGUGGAAGCUUUGCCAGAGUGGUUGGGAAGCUUGUCAUCUCUUCAAACUCUGAAGAUUCACCGCUGCGCAAAUUUGAAAUAUUUGCCUUCUACACCAGCCAUGCAAUGCCUCUCCACGUUGCAGUGUCUUAUAAUUUUUGAAUGUUGAGAGCUAAAAGGAAGAUGUGCAAAGGAUACCGGCCUGGAAUGGUUCAAAAUUUCUCACAUUCCAAGCAUCUACAUAGGUUAAGUGCGCAUCCAAUAACAAGGAGAUUUGAGUCCCUUUUUCUGAGGUAUAUUUAAAUUUCUCAAUCCUCAACUUCUCUUCUUUCUUAUAAUAAAUUCCACCACUAAUU